GUUUCUCGUUUUAUUUCUCUACCUGUUUCUCUUAUCACUGUUACUAUGUCUUUCUUUCGUGUUCUAGCCGUCCGCGUCAGUCCCUUUUACUUGGAACUCUUUUAUUUCAUACUCAUGUCUGUCCUUGGCUUCCUUGGUCUCAAAAUCUUAAAGCCAAGAGUCCCUGUUGCCCCAAGUAACUUGGAUCUGUUUUUCACUUCUGUUUCUGCAGCCACUGUUUCCAGUAUGACAGCUGUAGAAAUGGAAGUUUUCUCUAAUUCACAGCUCAUUCUUAUGACCUUCCUUAUGUUUCUUGGUGGGGAGGGUUUCACUUCCAUGCUUGGCCUUUUCUUUUCUUCCUCCAAUCUUUACCAGAAACAGAGCCUCAAAAAUAGAGUAACAACAACUCACCAUAUUCCUCAAGUUCCUAAUCCCAAUCACAUCGAGAUCGAUUUAGUUUCUCUGAAAAAGCAGACUCAACUAGGUGUGGAUGAUCGUAGUGACAGUGAUAUUGUUCAAGAUGAUAAGUUGAGUGAACUUAAGCGUAGGUCUGUUAAGUGUCUUGGGUUUGUGGUUUUGGGUUCCAUUAUGGCACUUCACUUAGUAGGUUCUGGUUUGGUCUCAACCUACAUAAGCAUCAUACCAAGUGCAAGAAGAGUGCUAAGAAACAAAGGAAUUAGCAUACAAACCUUUUCUGUGUUCACCAUAAUUUCCUCCUUUGCUUCUUGUGGUUUUGUCCCCACAAACGAGAACCUGAUUGUAUUCAAGCAGAAUUCAGGUCUUCUUUUGCUUAUUUUGCCAUUUGUUUAUCUUGGGAACACAUUGUACGCGCCAUUCCUGAGGCUUCUGAUCUGGGUUCUGGAGAAAGUAAUGAAAAGAGAAGAGUUCACUUAUAUUCAGAAGAACUAUAAGGAGAUGGGUUAUGAUCAUUUGUUUUCUGGUGUUCAUUGCUGGCUUCUUGUUGCUACUGUUUUCGGUUUCAAUCUUAUACAGUUCGUGCUGUUCUGCUGCACGGAGUGGAAUUCAGAGAACAUGGAGGGUCUAAAUAACUACCAGAAACUGAUUGCUUCGUUGUUCCAGAUUUCAAAUGUGAGACAUGCUGGCGAGUAUAUUUUGGAUUUCUCUCAACUAUCUUCUGCCAUAUUGGUGCUCUUCGUCGCCAUGAUGUACCUCCCACCAUACACAACAUUUUUACCCAUAAGAGAGGACAAAAAUGAGACAAAGAAAAGGAUCAAAACAAGCGUAAAGGAGUAUCUUUUGUUCUCUCAACUCUCUUAUCUUGUCGUCUUCAUUAUUCUGAUUUGCAUUACGGAAAGCAAAAGCAUAAAAGAAGAUCCUCUCAACUUUAGUGUGUUGAACAUUACUCUAGAAGUCAUCAGUGCAUAUGGAAACGUGGGAUUCUCAACGGGAUAUAGUUGCAAAAGGCAAUUGAAAGCAGAUGGAAAUUGUAGAGAUCUGUGGAUUGGACUUUCAGGUAAAUGGAGUAACAAAGGAAAAUUCCUCCUUAUAGUGGUCAUGUUCUUUGGGAGGCUCAAGAAAUACAAUAUGAGAGGUGGUCAAGCUUGGGAUCUCUCUUAAUUUCCACUAUAUGGGUGUACGUAGCUAGGUGUACGUAUCAAAAUCCAAUGUGUUUGUAUUGCAGUAUGAUCUCUCUUGUUUGUCCAGGAAUUGCACAUUGGCUAUGAUUGUAAUUUUGUAAGCGAUAUAAAUUUAAU